AUGGAGUAUGAAGUAGGUGAUAAGGUUUUUCUGAAGACAUCUCCUUGGAGGGGAAUUCUGAGGUUUGGUAGGCAAGGGAAGCUGAGUCCGAGAUAUGUUGGGCCGUAUGAAAUUAUUGAAAGAAUCGGACUACUGGCGUAUCGACUAGCAUUACCAGCAGAGUCGUCACAAAUACAUGAUGUUUUCUAUGUUUCGAUGCUGCGAGGAUAUUGGUCUGAUCCUAGCCACAUUAUUCGACAGCCGAAGAUAGAGAUUUCUGAGGAGUUACCAUAUGUGGAGGAGCCUACAGAGAUUUUGGAUAGAAACGUAAGAAAAUUGAGAAAAUAA